AUGAUCAGCGGCGGCACCGUCAGGGGGGUGCCCCCCCCGCCCCGCAGCCCUCCCGGUCCGACCCCGCCCCCCCGGCACAGCCGCUACAGCACCAGACACAGCAGCUACAGCCCCAGGCACAGCAGCUACAGCACCAGGCACAUCCACUACAGCACCAGACACAGCUGCUACAGCACCAGGCACAGCCGCUACAGAACCAGACACAUCCGCUACAGAACCAGACACAUCCGCUACAGCCCCAGACACAUCCGCUACAGCACCAGGCACAUCCACUACAGCACCAGACACAGCUGCUACAGCACCAGGCACAGCCGCUACAGAACCAGACACAUCCGCUACAGAACCAGACACAGCCGCUACAGCACCAGGCACAGCCGCUACAGAACCAGACACAUCCGCUACAGCACCAGACACAGCAGCUACAGCACCAGGCACAGCCGCUACAGCCCCAGACACAUCCGCUACAGCCCCAGGCACAGCCGCUACAGCCCCAGGCACAGCCGCUACAGCCCCAGGCACAUCCGCUACAGCACGAGACACAGCUGCUACAGCACCAGGCACAGCAGCUACAGCACCAGGCACAGCCGCUACAGCCCCAGGCACAGCCGCUACAGCACCAGGCACAGCCGCUACAGCACCAGGCACAUCCGCUACAGCACCAGACACAGCCGCUACAGCCCCAGGCACAGCAGCUACAGCCCCAGGCACAGCCGCUACAGCACCAGGCACAGCCGCUACAGCACCAGGCACAUCCGCUACAGCACCAGACACAUCCGCUACAGCACCAGACACAUCCGCUACAGCACCAGACACAGCAGCUACAGCCCCAGGCACAGCCGCUACAGCCCCAGGCACAGCCGCUACAGCCCCAGGCACAGCCGCUACAGCCCCAGGUACAUCCACUACAGCCCCAGGUACAUCCGCUACAGCACCAGGCACAGCAGCUACAGCCCCAGGCACAGCCGCUACAGCACCAGGCACAGCCGCUACAGCACCAGGCACAUCCGCUACAGCACCAGACACAUCCGCUACAGCACCAGACACAGCAGCUACAGCACCAGACACAGCCGCUACAGCCGCAGGUACAUCCGCUACAGAACCAGACACAUCCGCUACAGCACCAGGCACAGCAGCUACAGCACCAGACACAUCCGCUACAGCACCAGACACAGCUGCUACAGCACCAGACACAGCUGCUACAGCACCAGACACAGCAGCUACAGCACCAGACACAGCAGCUACAGCACCAGGCACAUCCGUUACAGAACCAGACACAUCCGCUACAGCACCAGGCACAGCCGCUACAGCCCCAGGUACAGCAGCUACAGCCCCAGGCACAGCAGCUACAGCACCAGACACAGCUGCUACAGAACCAGACACAGCUGCUACAGCACCAGACACAGCAGCUACAGCACCAGACACAGCAGCUACAGCACCAGGCACAUCCGCUACAGCACCAGACACAGCUGCUACAGCACCAGGCACAGCUGCUACAGAACCAGACACAGCCGCUACAGCACCAGACACAGCUGCUACAGCACCAGACACAGCAGCUACAGCACCAGGCACAUCCGCUACAGCACCAGGCACAGCCGCUACAGCCCCAGCCCCAGUUAA